CGUCGACCAAGACCAACCACCUCACCUCGAGAAAAAAAUAAUCGCACGUACGUCUCCGGCAAUCCACCUUCGCCAUCGCCGGCCAUGGGACGCCGCGGCUCAGGAGGAGGAUUCCGCUCCGCUCCCCGCGCCAGGGCGCCGCCCCCCGCGAAACCGGCCGCGGCCCCUGCGCCCGCUCCACAGAGCAAUGGCGGCCUCAUGACGGGAGGAUCGUUCGUGUCCAGCGUCGUGGAAGGCUUGACCUGGGGUGCCGGCAUCAGCCUGGGGCACAGGAUCGUCGACUUCUUCGGCGGGCCGCGCACCAUCCGGGUCACCGAGGCUCCUUCGUCUCAGGCGCCGGCGUCCGCGCCGGCCUCCGACGCCUGCGACAUCCACAACAAAGCCUUCGCAGACUGCAUCAGCCACAACGGCAGCGACAUCAGCCGGUGCUAGUUCUACGUCGACAUGCUCAACCAGUGCCGCCGCGGAUCCCAUGCUGGCAUCGCCGCCGCCGCCACCAUCGCCUAGAUAGGUCCAUAGUUGAUCCUAUUCGAAUAUAUUUCUGUUUGGUUGAUCACGAUAGCUAGUGCUUUUCACCCAUGGUGGAUCAGUUUCCGUUUAUUCGUCUCUGCCAUGCAGUGCUGUAGUCUUCUCGUCGACAUGUUAAAGGUCACUAGUCCAGUUGAAUAAAGUAGAACUAUGAAGAGACGUUUUCUUGUUAUUUUUUUUUUAUCAUGCAUUCGAUCAAGUGAACAGGUGUGAUUGUUUGAUCAUCAUCUAGACACCCAAGUGCGCUGUAAAUUGCGAGAACAAAUGAUUGUUUAAUCUGGGCUCCUACUUCUGGCACCCCAUAUGUA